AUCUUCCUGCAAUGAGGUCUCGGAAGCUGCGAGAGAGCCGCAGAGAAAGCAGAGCUUCCGGGCGUCCCAGUCUCUAGUCUCGCUUCAGGCUGGGGUGAGAGACGAAGUGCUGCGCUCCAGGAGUGCUUCUUCCCAGUUCCGGGCUACAGGAUGGGGCCACGUGCAGUGCGGAGGCCCCUCCGCCCGUCCGAGCUGGCUACGGCGAGAGCGCCCGACAGAGCCGAGAAGGCUGGCGGCGUUUCCAAGCCGAGCCCACCGACAAGACACCAGGAAGGAGCAACAGACGAACCGGGACCAGGAGCCCCGCCUUCCUUGCGGCGCACUUCCGGCCGCGAGGGCUUUCGGGAGCGCGCGUCGCGAGCCUCCACCAACCAGCGGCGGUGCCGGGCCCGCGCGAGUGCGCGCGCAUCGGUGCGCAGGUUCGAAUCUCCCCGGCGGCUGCCCAACGUGUCGGCCGUACUUGGCGGUGUUGCCCGCAGAUCCGCAGCGGCCGCCCGCCCUCCCCACUGCGCCCGCGCGCCGCCCGGCGUGGCCCAUGGCCAAGAGGCGUGCAGCCGAGCCCCUCACAUACCGCGUGCCUUGGAAGCGGCUGCUGCUCCGCGACUUACCCGAGGAGCCGCCGCUCUGGGUCCCGCCUUCGGGGGCGGCACGGCCGGGAAAGCGCAGGGUUGACGCGGGGACCAUGGCUGAACCUGCGGCUGCACCCCGCAAGCGGCGUGGCGGCGGGGACGUCUCCCCAGGCGGCCUGGAGCGGAGCCACGGUCCCGAACCGGGAGAGCCCGAGACCGGAGAGCCGCCGCCCCGCGCAGACCAGCAGCCUCUGGACGGCCGGGCUCCGGACGGCGGCGGCGGCGACGGCGGGGCGGGGAGCGCUGGGGGAGCCGGAGGGGCGCCGAGCCAGCACAAUGAAGAAUUCUGGCAGUAUAACACGUUCCAGUACUGGAGGAAUCCUUUGCCACCUAUUGAUCUGGCAGAUAUUGAAGAUGUAAGUGCAGACAGCCUGACAGAAACAGCACUUGAGGACAAGAAUGAAGGGUUUGAAACUGAAAUGGAGUCCUGACAGGGGGAGCUGCCAAACAGCCUCACUGGAUUCCAGGAGACCUGAGGUUUUUUUCCAUACCUCACACGACUGUCGUUCUCAGACCGGAAAGAUGAGGAAAGUUGUUUUAAAGCAAAAUACCUGAAAUUACUACUGAACCUCCCAAAGAGAUUUGUUCAGGAUAUUGUACAGCUGUAGGCAAAAUAUUUUGUAUAUGCAUUUUUAAUGAAAAGGUUUUGUUCAGGUUCUAACUUCACUAAUCUUAGAGGAAGGAAUUUUGACAGUUUUAGAAAUCAGCAUGAAAUGUUGGGGUCUUCCUCUGUCAGAUGCUCCUUUGCACUGCUUAUUUGUGGUACGUGAAAUUAAUACCAUUUUCUAUAACUGAUGUUACAUACUUUAUAGUACAUCUUAUUGACGCCUCUUAGUUGAACAAAUAGGUGACUUGAAUAUCUAUGCAAAAUUAAAAUGUGAGAUUCUGAAAGCUAAUGUUUUUAAAAAGCUUUGUAAAUUUAGUUCUUUUAACUUGGGUGGCAUAUUUAAGUAACUUCCAGUAUUUGAUGUUUUUUAAACUACCAUGGGCAACCAAAAAUGGGUACAGAACAGUGAGAAGUGGGUUCCUGACCCUCCUCCCCUUCUCUAAGAUAAAAGGAAAGAAAGCAUAUAAAUUUGUUGCUUUAUAAUUGUUUUAAGGACAUUUUUGCUGUUGCUGUUUUUUACUUUAGACCUGCAGUUCUCAACACUCAGCACUUUAGAAAUCUUUGCUUGAGCCGCACUCUAGAGAGGCUUGAUGUAAUUACUUGAAGGUGGGCUCUGCAUGUUGUAUGUAUUUGUUAAAGCACCAGUCCUUGUCCUCUCCGUCUACUGUGCAGACUAGGUUGAGAACCACUAGACUAACAGCUUUCCUGUUUAAAGGAGAGAACUAGUUUGAGGUGAAGCAGUGCCUGUUAAUUAGUUUUGUUCUUAGUUUACUGUUACUGGCUUUGUCACAACUGAUUUAUUGUUGCUAUUACUAUUUUAUUGUUUAAAAAAAUAAAGUGCAAAUUUUUUUGCAGUAUGUAUCAAUGACUAAUUUAAUUUUUGUAUUGCAUCUGGAAUGCUGGCUUUGUUGCUAAAUAAUUUGUCCCUGUUUGUAUAUUUUUUGGUAUUAAGU